AUGGCUAGUUUUUUCGACAUCAAGGCCAGGAAAGCUGCUGCUGCCAACGGCUCGAGCAAGCUCGAGAAGAAGGGCCCAGAGACACCAAGAGCUCAGCCUUGGGUGGAGAAAUAUCGUCCAAAGAACCUCAACGAUGUUACUGCGCAAGACCACACGAUCACUGUCCUGCAACGGACCCUCCAGGCAUCAAAUCUACCACACAUGCUCUUUUACGGCCCGCCCGGGACUGGCAAGACCUCUACGAUCCUUGCCCUCGCCAAGGAACUCUACGGACCUGAAUUCAUGAAGCAGCGUGUCCUCGAGCUCAAUGCCUCCGACGAGCGCGGCAUCUCUAUCGUCCGAGAGAAAGUCAAAGACUUUGCGCGCAUGCAGCUGACGAACCCUCCGCCCGGCUACAAGGAGCGCUAUCCCUGCCCGCCCUUCAAGAUCAUCAUCCUCGACGAGGCAGAUAGCAUGACGCAGGAUGCGCAGAGCGCGCUGCGCCGUACGAUGGAGACAUACAGCAAGAUCACGCGGUUCUGCCUGAUCUGCAACUACGUCACGCGCAUCAUCGACCCGCUGGCGAGUAGGUGCAGCAAGUUUCGCUUCAAGAGCUUGGAUCAAGGAAAUGCGAAAAAGAGGCUGGAGCAGAUUGCCGAGAAUGAAGGCGUGACGCUGGAGGAGGGUGCGGUGGAUGCGCUGAUUCAGUGCAGCGAGGGUGACUUGCGAAAGGCUAUUACCUUCCUGCAGAGUGCGGCGCGACUUGUCGGUGCUGGUGCGGCUGUGAGCAGUCAGGGCGACCAGAUGGAUGUAGACUCCAAAGCGGUCACGAUUAGAAUCGUGGAGGAUAUUGCAGGUGUGAUUCCCAGCGCCACCAUCGACCGGCUGGUAAAGGCGAUCCGACCAGCCUCGGCUGGCGAGACGUAUUCAGCUGUUUCUAAGGUCGUGGAGGACAUGGUCGCCGAUGGUUGGAGUGCGGGCCAGGUGGUCAACCAACUAUACCAAGCAAUCGUCUACGACGAAACGAUUCCAGACGUGCAAAAGAACCAGAUUGUCAUGGUCUUUUCUGAGGUUGAUAAACGUUUGGUGGACGGCGCGGACGAGCAUCUCACAAUCCUGGACCUGUCACUCCGCACAUCAAGCAUCUUGGCUGGGCGAUAGGGCGGACGGCAAAUGAUGCGACU